AUGGCGUUUCCGACUAUUCAGUUGGUUUUGGUGUUGCUAGGAUGCAUGCUAUCCACUUCUUUGGGUGCUACUAGUCUCUCAGGAAUCAGUCUUGCAUCAACCUCCAUUUUCGAUGUGAUGAAAUAUGGCGCUAAAGGAAACGGAAAAACCGACGACUCCCCCGCUUUUAUGAAGGCAUGGAAGGCGGCAUGCCAGGCGCCAUCAAGUGUUAGGAGGAGUAUAUUAUUGAUACCGGCAAAGAGGACGUUUUUAUUGAGGCCUAUUUCUUUCAAUGGCCCAUGUAAGCCCUCCACUAUCUACGUACAGGUGUCGGGAAACAUUGUUGGUCCAACCAAGAAAACCGAUUGGAUCGGUUCUCACAUCGACACAUGGCUAGAGUUUACGAGGGUGAAUGGUCUUACAGUCAGUGGCAACGGACGAAUAGAUGGUCAAGGUCCUAUUUGGUGGAAAAAUGCAUGCAUUGGCUCUCCGACGCCCGGUACAAGUUGUCAUGCACCAGCUGCAUUAAUGUUUAAAAGGUGUAAUAGCUUACGACUCAAUGGUUUAACACAUGUAAACAGUCCACGAGUCCAUGUCACAAUAACGGCUUGUAACAAUGUCAUCAUCUCUAAUCUUCGUAUCAUCGCCCCCGAAACGAGUCCAAAUACUGAUGGCAUUAAUAUCGCUAGCUCCACCAACGUUAAAAUACGUGAUUCCAUAAUUGGAACAGGUGACGAUUGUGUUGCUAUUAGCGGAGGUUCAUCUAAUAUCAUGAUUAGCGGUAUCAUGUGCGGGCCGGGCCAUGGUAUCAGCAUCGGAGCGUUGGGGAAUGGAGGAACCGAUGUGGUCGAAAACAUAGAGGUGCGCAAUUGUACCAUGGUAAAAACCUUGGCCGGAGUAAGGAUCAAGUCGUGGCAGGGAGGAAGUGGUUAUGCAAGAAAGAUAUCGUUUAAGGGCAUAAAGUUUGAUGCGGUUUAUAACCCCAUUAUGAUUGACCAAUACUACUGUCCCACCCAAACCAACUGCCGGACCUCUACAUCAGCUGUGAAGAUAAGCGAUGUAACAUUCAGUGGAAUCGUGGGGACAUCAAAAAUGGACAACGUAAUAAAUAUAAGUUGCAGUCGAAGUGUUGCGUGCACAAAUAUUGUAAUGGAUCGUGUGUAUAUGAGCUCAGCAACUCCAGGAAGAAAGGUAUUUGGCACUUGUAUUAAUGCACAUGGUAGAGCUACUCAUGUCAAGCCUUCUUUUAAUUGUCUUAAACGUUAA